GCGGGUCACUUCUCAAAUGUUGCAUGGAUAAAACCUCCUUGGGCUACACAGCUCGCAAAUGGACUGCACAGUUUUAAAAUUGGUGCUGAUAGACAUUCAAAACAAAUCAAACUCACCUGCACCGAGCCGUACUUUGUGAGUGAGCUGGCUUGGUGUCCAGAAGAAGAUUUAGAAAACUCCCUUCCUGUGCUGCUCGAAGUGUGCACCAUGGGAGAGCCCCUUCAAGGAGAAGGUGACUCAGCAGCGCUGGAUGCCCCAAGCAAUGCUGAGGUUCUCAGGUCCAGAUUUCAAGCAGAAGCUACAAAGUUGUCCUUACGUUCUAGACAUCGACCUGGACUUUUUAUUCCACUCGGAAUCCUUUCCUGAGUUUGUUCACAGACGAACAGUUCGGAAUGUUGCGAGAAUUGUACCACUACGAACACCCAGAACCUGUGACAAACGAGACUUUGAAGGAAGUGACUCGGAAGAGGCAAGAACAACUGUCCGAAUUAGAGUCUAUUUUCAAAAGCAUCAAAGACAACUCCAUCGUCUCUUCAUCUCCACGGUUGGAGGCCGCGCGGCGGCUGCUGGCCACUUUCCCCGGCGGCGUGCCGCCAGACCCGGGAUUACUCAAUGACGCCGGCUGCACGUGCGACGACUGCGAUCUGCCGCAUCACGUCUCCACGCCAGACCAGGUGCGCCAUCUAGUGGGAGAGACGAAAGAAUUCUUGAGCAAUCUACCGGUGCCUGCUCUUGUAACGAUAUCACGUUCAAGUCGUGAUGAUUAUUGCCCUCCAGAAGAUGUGAACUUCAUUCAGGAAUUGGUCUUGGAAAUGUUGAAGAAUCUUUAUGGUGCUCUUGAUAUAACCAUAGAUUACGAAGAAGAAGCUGUUGAACAAGGAACUUCAACUUCGACUUAAGCUUUUUCUGGAGAAAGUAUUCCAACUCGUUGCCAAUCAUUACUAACAACUUUAAUACGAAACUAAAUUUGUCCCGAAUUUUUCAAGACAUUUUACUACAUUUUUUAAACAAUACUAAAAAUAUUGACCGCUGUCUUACGUGUCUACCUAAACGUGAGAUUUUGUGUUUUCUUCAUUGUGUUCAAUUAUUUCUAGUAUUUUUUUUAAUGAUUUUCAGAGAUGUUUGUGUGAAUAUUUCUUAAAGAAUCAUAAAAUUGAUUCAUCACUCGUUAAUUUUUUCCGAGAUAUUUUUACAUCAUGCUGUUUCAAAGUAAAGCAAAUAAAUUUUGAUGUUUAAACUCCGUCAGUAGAAUUAAUUGCAUUUUAAUAUGUAGAGAAAUUAAUUGUUUGAAGUUUAACUAAAAACUGUGUUCAAUUUUUAGUUUGAUUUUUGACGCUUAAAUUUUAAUUUUGAACAAUAAA